AUAGGCCGAAAAAAUUAUGAGGAUUGCAUCAGUCUCUUGCCCGAUUGCCUAAUCCAUCACAUCUUCUCCUUUUUGCCCACACGGGAUGUCAUCAAAACGUGUGUUUUGUCAAAAAGGUGGCGGUCUGUUUGGACCUCUAUCUUGGAUCUCAGGUUCUCCGUCUCUUCUUGUGGUGAUCCGUUUGUGGAAAGGGUUUUGACACACUAUGGGUGGCCUAAGGUGAAAAAGUUCCACCUUGACGUCAGAUCAGAGCAGGAGCCCUCUAACAUUGAUUCAUGGGUUCAAUUUGCAAUUGAUCAUCAAGUGGAAGACCUUCUUCUCGACGUGAAUAUUUGGUGGUAUAUACCAUGGGAGGAUUACCCAUGGACGGAGGAUUACACAUUGUCUCCAUUGCUUUAUAAUUGCUCUUCAUUGACUAAGCUAUGUUUGAGAGGCUGUCGUUUCCUAUCCAGCGAAAGUAUUAGUUGGAGUUCGCUUAAGUCCUUGUCCAUAGAAAAUGCGAGUGAUGAUGUGCUUCGGAAUAUAUUGACCGGCAGCCCUGUUCUUGAAUACUUGAAUCUGAAAAGUUGCUGGGGUAUAGAAGGAAUUCAUUCGAGGAGUUUGAGAGAGUUGGUGAUUGAUGGUCAUGUCAUGGGAUCCCCUUUGCACAUUUUGACUCCUCGUUUACUGUCAUUGCGUGUGAGAGGGUUUUUUCGUCAUGAGAUGAUAAGAAUUAUUGAAGCACCUUCCUUAGUUGAAGCCGAAUUAGAUUUCGACAGUCCAGCCAAAUCAGAUUGCUGCCUGCUAAAGGAAAUUCUUUGCAAGCUGCAGAAUGCUACUCGAAUUCUUUUUGGUGUUUGGUGCCUUCGGGUUAUGUCGCCUCUGAAGGUAGAAGACGUGCAGGUUUCGCUGCUGAAUUGCAAGUCCCUAACGCUAAGGAUGCCCAUUCCCCAAUUCAGCUUUCCUGCUAUAGCAAAUAUGCUAGCAACUGCACCAAAUUUGGAGAAGCUGGUCAUAAUUUUUAAGCCGCCUGGUUUUGUCUCGUAUAUAUCUGACUUGGACUCCCGCAAUGUUGAUCACGAGAGCUAUUGGCAUAUAAAGAAGAAGUUCAAGCGUUGGGCUCGGCAUCUCAAGAAUGUUGAGAUUUUUGGAUUUUAUGCUUGUUUAAGAUUCAAAUAUGAGGAAGUGCUGCUGCUGGUAAAGUUUCUGCUUGGACAUGCAUCUGUGCUGGGCAAUAUGGUCAUCAAAGUUAAGAGUCAUGAACAAUAUCUCGAGUCAGUCGAUUCCUUUAAAUUGCUUGAAGUGGCCCGACGACUUCAAAGUUAUCACAAAGCUUCUAAGGAUGUUGCGGUGAUACUCCAUUAUCUGGAAGAAGUGCCCCAAAAGCGGCAGAUGAAAGGAGUAAGAGUAACGACAAAAUGUUUGCACAUCGGCCAUAAGAAUGCUUGACUGGAUAGGAAUGCAAUAAGCCACAACAUCGACUAGCUUGAUAUGUUGCUGGUAAUGUCUCAUGUAAGUUUUUCAACAUUUUAAAGCAAGUUUUGGGAUUGUAUUAUGUUUUGAAAUUUUUUUACAAGUGUGAGCAAUUGUUUUCAUUUAGACAUCCGGAUAACUA